AUGAUUUGGCUGAUCAUGGCAUUUCCUGCAUCGGCUGGUCGGGGAGUGACGCAAGUGAUCGAUAGAUGCGAAGCGGCGAAGAGUUCUGGGUUUUUAGAUCUUUCUUCAUGCACGCUGAUGUACAUUGCAGACGCUAUUUAUCUUGUAUUGAAAGGAUUUGAAGUCACUAAGGUCAGCUUACGAAAUAACUGUUUGAAAAAGUUUCCGAAGAAGAUGAUCAACAAGUUCCCCAAUGCUACAAUAUUCAAUAUGGAGGGAAAUGAAAUUGAAGAGAUCCCGGAUGAGUUUGAGCAAUGGACGUCUAUGAGAGGAAUAAAUGCAGCCAAUAACAAACUUAGUACAUUUCCUAAGGGUAUAUUCAGUAUGAAGAAUUUAGCCAUACUUGAUCUUUCUGGAAACCAAAUUGAAGAAAUUGACGUCGACCGCUUGUACACCUCAUGUCCGUUACUCCUCCAGUUGAAUUUGUCUGGAAAUCCUUUGAAGACGGAGACUAAGACACGACUCUCAUCUUCACCAUCGAAACCUUCCAAGAUUCAAUUGAAGCUUGACUGA